AUGAAAGAAAAGAAACAUAAGAAAUCUAAAAUCAAAAACGUUUGUCGCGGUGAGGAUCCAAAUAUUGGAUUGCAUGCCCGUAAUAAAGAUGUUUUAACUCACGAACCUGAAGAACACGAAGAAGAUGAAGUCCUUGAAGUAGGUGAUUCUGAUAGCGAAACUCUCAGGAAACUUCAAACAGCCCCGAUUAGGGAUAGGCGAGGUAAAAAAACCGAAGAUGCAAUUGUCUCAGAUAGUGCAAGAAAUAAAAGGCGUAGGAACUUGACAGUUAGUGCAAGGAGAGCUAGGACUGCACAAGCCACUUCAAGUGCUCAAGAUGGAACUCAACAAGCAAGUCAACAAGGUGUUCAACCAACUUCCCCUCAAUCAGAACCAGUUCAAGAAGGUGUUCAACCAACUUCCCCUCAAUCGGAAACAGUUCAAGAAGGUAUUCAACCAAGUGCUCCACAAUCACAAGCUCAAAUUCAACUAGAAGCACCGGUAGAUAGAGUACCAGAAGUAGGACAACCUAGCAGUGCGCAAGAAGAAGGAGAAGCCGAAAAGAAAAAUCCUCCUCGAAAGAAAGCGAAACACCUUGUCCCACAAAAACUGAAGGUGAGGGAUAUUCCAGAAGGCGUAAUCCUUGGGUUGCCGGAGGAUGAAUAUCAUUCUGAUGUGGUUCGUAUACUCAAACCCACCGCCGCACCAACUAAAAUGCUGGAUUGGCCUUUGAAGGAUGAAUGUGAAAGGUUCAAGACAAUUAUUGCAAAUUCGGGGUUGGCUGAUGCUUCUGAGAACUCUAUGUUGGAACAUGACUGGGUAGCUAUAUCGGCGUUUAUGGAGAGACUUUAUGUUGAGACCGACACCUUCCAUAUGCCGUUUGGGGAGAUGACGAUUACCCCAGAUGAUGUAGCGGAGAUUCUUAGGAUCCAUGUUCAUGGCAAAGGUGUCAGGGCUGAGUACACAAAGCAGUUGGAGUGGGAAAAACUUUAUACUCUAACUAAGGACUAUUUUGGUUGGGAUGCAGAAACAGCAAAAACUGAGUUCAAUAGAUGCAUGAAGUAUAGAACUAGAAAGUUCAACAUAAGUACUCUGAUGGAUAUGUUCAAGGGCACCAAGGAAAAAGAAGAGAACGAAACUUUAAAUGAUGAGCAAGUCAACCACGAGGCCACCGCAUAUCUCCUAUGUGUAUUUGGAUGUUUCAUUUUCCCCAAUACCAGUGGCAGUCGGGUCGACGCCAACCUUUUACUGUAA